AUGGCGGUGGUGGUGACGGGGCGGUGGCAGGCGGACUUCCCCACCACGGUGGGGCUGCUGUCCCCUGAGGAGGUGGCCCUGGAGCUGGACGGUGACAAGGACAAGAAGGGGGGGAAGGUCUAUUACAUCGACACCAACGCGUUGCACGUGGCCCGCGAGGGCAUGGAGGUCCUCUCGCCCCUCAAGAACGGCAUGAUCGAGGACUGGGAGUGCUUCCAGGCCAUCCUGGACCACACCUAUGGAAAACAUGUCAAGUCAGAGCCAGGCCUCCACCCCGUCCUCAUGUCCGAAGCCCCGUGGAACACGCGGGCCAAGAGGGAGAAGCUGACGGAGCUGAUGUUCGAGCACUACAACAUCCCGGCCUUCUUCCUCUGCAAGACGGCCGUGCUCACCGCCUUCGCCAAUGGGCGCAGCACAGGGCUGGUGCUGGACAGCGGGGCCACCCACACCACCGCCAUCCCCGUCCACGACGGCUACAUCCUCCAGCAAGGCAUCGUCAAGUCGCCACUGGCCGGGGACUUCAUCUCCAUGCAGUGCCGGGAGCUCUUCCAGGAGAUGAACAUUGACAUCGUGCCACCCUACAUGAUCGCUGCCAAGGAGCCGGUGCGGGAGGGGGCCCCCCCCAACUGGAAGAAGAAGGAGAAGCUGCCCCAGGUCUCCAAGUCCUGGCACAACUACACCUGCAACGGCGGCGGAGGAGGAGGCCCCGGGCCGGGAACGGGACCCGGUGGAGGCCCCGGGGCCAGGAAAGGGAGCGCGUCCCGGGACGCAGAGGCUGAGGUUUGGUGCCGGCGGGUGAGGGAAUUGGUGAACGCUUCCCCUGCCAACCGGCUCUGCUUCGAAUGUGGCCAGCGCGGCGUCACCUACGUGGACAUCACCGUGGGCAGCCUCGUCUGCACCGGCUGCUCCGGGGCGCUGCGGGGGCUGAAUCCCCCACACCGUGUCAAGUCCAUUUCCAUGACCACCUUCACCGAAGCCGAGGUGCUCUUCCUGCAGGCCCGUGGUAACGAGGCCUGCCGACGGGUAUGGCUUGGCAACUUUGACACCCGAAACUCGCUGCUCCCCGAUUCCCGCGACCCCCAAAAAGUGAAGGAGUUUCUGCAGGAGAAGUAUGAGAAGAAACGAUGGUAUGUGGCGCCGGAGACAGCAAAAACUCCCCAAAGCGCUGCGGCAGAGCCAGCCCCCCCCCAGCCGCUUCUGGGGGACGCAGGGACGCUGCUGCAGCCCCGCCCGGCCCCCCACUGUCCCCCACAGCCAGCCCGGAAAGCCAGCACCGACCUAUUGGCUGACAUUGGGGGGGAUCCCUUUGCUGCCCCCCAACCAGCGCCUGCCUUCGCCGCCUUCCCGGGCUUCCCUGGCCCGGCCCUGCCCCGUGCUGCCUUCCCCAGUUUCGAUGCCUUCGGAGCCGGCCCAGGAGCACCCGCGUUUGGGGGGGCUGCGCCCCCCUUCCAUGCCCCACCUGCACCCACAGGGGGCAUUGCUGCACGGGGCGGGGCCACCCCUGUACCGCCCCCAGAGGGCGGAGCCUCUGCCAGGGACUUCUGA